AUGAUAGAGAAAAAAUAUAAUUUGAAAUACUGUUGUGAUGAUAUUUGUGUUUUUCCCAGCAUAACAUUAUCAAAUUAUUGUGAUUACAAACUUAGUGAGCAUUUCGGUCUAACCGCUAUAUCAACAUAUCAGCUUAAAACGAAUAAAGAGGAGCAUAAUAGUGAGCAAAAAAAAAAAGGGAAAGUUUAUUUGUAUAGACUCGUGGAAAAUACAAAUAAUAACCAAUUGGAAAGAGAAAGUGACUAUGCACUAAUUUAUGAGAAAAAUAUAAAUUACCAUAGCGGAGUUCUACAAUCAAGCUACCUGUUCGCAAAUGAUAACUUAAUGCUUGGCAGUAUAUGUGUCAAUGGGCUAUAUUUGUCAAAUGUAAGGGAUGGGAACUAUGAUAAAAUAGUUGCAACUAAAGAUGAAAAAAAUAACUCAGGCCUAUCUUUUGAUACACUAGAAAACAAAGUAGACAAAAUAUGUGUAUCAUUCAGUAAUGGAGAUAUGUCUUUUAUCUCAGAUGGCAAUCCAGUCAACUUUUGGAAAGCCCAUGAGUAUCACGUAUGGUCGUGUGCAUUCGCAGGAGAUGAAAAUAUAAUUACCACUGGUUCUGAUGAUUGCUCUUUUAAAAUAUGGGAUAUGAGAUCUAAAAAUUGUUCCCAAAAAAAUAAUAGAUCACAUUCUCAAGGUGUUACAGUGGUUAAAUUUGAAUCUCUCAGCAAAACUUUAUAUACUGGCUCAUAUGAUAACAAAAUUCGAAUUUUCGAUCUGAGAAAUAUUCAGGAUCCAUUACAAACAAUUGAUUUAAAAUCAAGCAUAUGGAGAAUUAAAUUUGCAUAUAAAAAUGGAUCUCUAAAUAAAUUACUUGUAGCAAUGUGUGACGGAGGAGCUCAAAUAAUAAAAAAAAUAAAAAACGAAUAUAUUUUCAAAGAAGGGAUAAAUAAUAAUAAUGAAUUAACCUACGGAAUAGAUGGGAUACAAAUUUUAGACAAUCAUGAAAAAAAAAAAAAAAAAAAAAUUUAUAUGUCUUGCUCUUUUUAUAAUAAAGAGGCUCAAUUGUGGUUUGAGUGA